ACAAAACAAAAAUGCCUGCCGUUAACAAAGCAAACAUGUUACAUUUCAGAUUGGUUGUUAGUAUUUCGUGCAACUCCAGGUAUCGGUGGUGACAUAUUUACAGCGUGGGUUGACGGAAUUGACGUCACCGUUGAUGAUGUCACAUGCAUGACUACUAACAGUACUUCCUGCGAUAAGAAUUAUCGUAAUCCCAUUGUUGAUUCGUGGACCUCGAUUGGAAUGCAACAGGUAAAGUUUGCUUUUUACAAGGACAACGUAGAGGCUGCGUUUGUAAUAUUUGACGCAACUGGCAGCAAUAUCACCAGCUGGUUCUCUAAGUCAAAUAUUAAGAAAUCCUCUUGGACAACAGUCGACACGUAUUCCUAUAAUCACUUCUCCAUCUUUGGGCAUAACUCUAGAAGAUUCCUGAUGGUUGGAAAUUACAAUAACUGUUCAACUGACAGGGCAUAUUCUAUUAUUGUAGUCAGUGGCGAGUUUGGGUGUUCAUACGACACGCAUACUUCUUACCCACAAUUCAUCUACUCUACUUCUACAACAUUCGAAUCACCGGAAACUAUGUCAGGAAUGGACAAGGCAGAUGUAAUGGCUAUAUUUAUAAAGUAAUAUAAUAGGACAAUGCUUAGGAAAAUGACAAUACCCCUUUUUCAACAUAUUUGGGUAUUUUAGAAAUAAUAAAAUAAACAUCAAAAAGAACCUGCUCGAAAACCUUGUAUACUAAGUGUAAAUUUAUAGCACAAAUAGAUAACUUAAAAUCGCAUAUAUUAAAAAAUAAACACAACAUUUUGUUUUCGUUACAAAAGAAAAUGAUUAUGUUCAACAAAAUUAAGCAUUGUUUUAGACAGAAACUGACAUGGGUUGGGCAAAUUGGAUUUUUCAAAUACUAGUUACUUUAAUUGUGAAAUUUCUUUCUAGAAGAAUUGAUUGUAUGUUAAAAUUCUGGAUGUCUUUAAGUACUUCACCGGCGGAAGUGCCCGAUGCCUGUUCGUAAUAUAUCAUUCGUAACAUUAAUUUUCGUAAAAAGCCAUCAACGGUUUGUAUACUGUCGUAUUUUGUUUGGCAAACAAUUUGUGGAAGGUACUCAUGAUUGUAUUUAAAUGUGUGUUUUUUCAUACAUAAUCAAUAUGUUAUAAUAUAGUUGACUCUUUUUCCAUGGAUUUUCAAUUAUGCUGACAAUGAGUGUGCCUUUAAUGUACAAUUGAACCUGGUUAUGACUUUAAAGUAAAACUGAACAAAGAUGUGCCUUUAAUGUAUAAUUGGACCCAGUUGUGUUUUUAAUGUAUAAAUGAACACAGUUGUGAUUUUUAUGAGCACGUGGACCUAUCUGUUGCUUCCAUGGACAAAUGAACCAAGUUGUGCCCUUAGUGUACGAAAUGACCAAGCUGUGUCUUUAAUGUACAAAUGAACCAAGUUGUGUCUUUAAUGUAAAAAUGAACAAAAUUGUGCUUUUUAUGUACAAAUGGACCUAGCUGUGCCUUUAAUGUACCAAAUGUUGUAAUAGAUUGGUAAACGAUUGUAUAACUGAGUGAUCUACACAGGAAAAGAGAUUAAAAUACGAAUACGAGGGCUCGUAUGUUUCAUUUUAAUCAAAGGAUAGAGACAAAGGAAUAAUACAUGUAUGUCUAUCUAUAUCUCCAAUAUAACCAACAGGAAUUAAGAUAAGACACUAAUGAAACAAUAAAAUGACGAUCCGUUUUAUGGUACAUUAUGCCCCAGAAAUCCAUAUUUAUAAAAUUCUUUAGAAAUGUCAAACAUGUGUUUAACUAUGUUUUUAUGAUGUAUUAUGAGCAUGUUAGGUGUUAAACAGCUAGUGAUAGGAGUGCUGAAUGUGAAGUUGUUAGCAAAAUGUAAACAAAGUAGUAUUUGGACUUCCGUGCAAACAAAUAUUCACUAGAAUAAUACCAAUUACCAACAAAGCAACAAUAAACCAAAAAUUAACAAAACUGUUUUUUAAAAAUAUAAACUGCAUAUAUGACUGCAUAUCUGAGGCAAAAUGGGUCUUUAAACAAAGUUUUCUUGAGAGUAUUCUUCACAGGUGAUGUGAAUAAUGAUUGUAUGUGACCCCUUUAUAUGAUCCCUACCUGUAAAAUGUCAAGAAACAUUUGUUAUAUUUUUAUGUAAUGUUUCACCGUCUGAUUGUUGUACUUGCAUCAAACAUUUUUAACACAACAUAUACAUAUUGUAUUUCUUUAAUUCCUUUGUAAAAACAGUUAUAUUGUAUCUCGUUUCUUUACCUUCCGACAAAACAUAAUUCUAUUAUGUGCUUUUGUGUAGAAUAUUUAUAUUUUUCUUCAUCUUUUUGUAUCCCUAGUUACUGAAUUCUCAAGCUGUGUAGAAGAAAAACAAAAUAAAAACAAUUAAAUGUUUGAAUACUGAUUAAAAGUUUAAUAAAUAUAUAGCCCAGUGUAAUAAGCAAUCUUCAGAAUGAAAUUUAGUCCAUUUGACCGUGCUUUGAACUUGACUUUCAGAGAAGUCAAUUCUGGUAAAUAUUUAGUAAGAUCGGUUCAAAUGUGAACCAAAUAAAUAAAUCAUUUAGCUCUAACGGUUGAAAUGACAAAUUGUGAAAUGGUAGGAAUAUACCUAUACAAUCAUAUAUAUGUUGUAAUUUGGGUUAUUCAGAAAAUAAAA